AUGAUGUGUCUGAAGCUCAACCUCCUCGACCAUGUGUUCGCCAACCCCUUCAUGAACGCCGCGGGAGUUCUCUGCAGCACCGAGGAAGACCUGCGCUGCAUGACAGCCUCCUCCAGCGGCGCACUUGUGUCGAAGAGCUGCACGAGUGCACCUCGCGAUGGUAACCCCGAGCCGCGUUACAUGGCCUUUCCACUUGGAAGCAUCAAUUCUAUGGGGCUGCCUAACCUGGGCUUUGAUUUCUAUUUGAAAUACGCCAGCGAUCUGCACGAUUACAGCAAGAAGCCGCUUUUUCUCUCCAUUUCAGGUCUUUCCGUGGAGGAGAAUGUGGCGAUGGUGCGCCGCCUUGCCCCUGUGGCGCAGGAAAAAGGUGUAUUGUUGGAGUUGAAUCUUUCCUGCCCGAAUGUGCCCGGCAAACCGCAGGUGGCCUAUGACUUUGAGGCGAUGCGCACUUACUUGCAGCAGGUGUCGUUGGCAUAUGGACUGCCCUUUGGCGUGAAGAUGCCGCCGUACUUCGAUAUUGCACACUUUGAUACGGCUGCUGCUGUCUUAAAUGAGUUCCCACUUGUCAAGUUUGUGACGUGUGUGAAUAGUGUCGGCAACGGCCUUGUUAUUGAUGCGGAGAGUGAGUCUGUUGUCAUCAAACCCAAACAAGGGUUUGGUGGUCUUGGCGGCAAGUAUAUCCUCCCUACAGCAUUAGCGAACGUGAAUGCAUUCUACCGCCGCUGCCCGGAUAAGUUGGUCUUUGGCUGCGGCGGCGUUUACAGCGGCGAGGAUGCCUUCUUGCAUAUACUUGCCGGUGCGUCGAUGGUGCAAGUGGGAACUGCACUGCAGGAGGAGGGGCCCGGCAUUUUUACGCGUCUUGAAGAUGAGUUGCUGGAGAUCAUGGCGCGGAAGGGGUACAGGACUCUGGAGGAGUUCCGUGGACGUGUCAAGACAAUUGAGUGA